UAAAAACCAAGUUUUUUUAUUGGAAAUGCAAAUCAACUCAAUUUAUUGCUCACUGUCACAACACAUUACAACACCUCCACAUUCACUGUGUUCUCUCUUCACUCACUCAUCACUCUUCUUCUUCUUCUAGGGUUUCUCUUUCAAGCCCUUCUUCACUUCUCUCUUCUCACAAAAUGGGUUUUACUUAUUUUGUGAGAGGCAUUGAGGCUUCUUCUUGUGGUUUUUGCUUUUCUGUGUAAUGCUGCCCAAAGAUGUGCCUUUUCAGCACUCAACAGUGAAGAAGUUGGGAAAUCUUGUUUAUGAUCCUUGUCAAUGACGAUCAUUGUAGAGGUUUGUUGCGUACUGUUGCUCACAAAAAGUGUUCCCCUUUAAGCAAUAAAAUGCUGGAGGGAUCUGCAAACCUUUGACAAGUCAUUUGGGUUAUGGUCUCUGUAAGUGCACCCACAUUGUUCACCAAAAGAAAAGCUUAUUAGUGAAGAACGGUAGCUGAACAUGGAUUUCUUUAAAGUCAAAAAAUUCAGAAAAGCUCACAAACCUGUCCCAGAAAAAGAUUUAGAGGAUAAGCCAGUGCCAGAGUCUGAAGAACCAAAGAAUGACAAUGCUGGUGAUGAUUUGAAUAAAUCAGCUAAUGCUGAUCCUGUUGCUGAAGCUGAGGACGAUGAUGAUGAUUUUAUCACAAAUGAGGUGAAGAGGAGGUUAAAAGAACUGAGAAGAAAUAGUUUCAUGGUGUUGAUUCCAGAAGAAGAGUCAUGUGCAGAAGAGGAAGAGGAUGAGGAGGAGGAAGGUGAGACAAGCUCUAGUGAAUGGAGGGAUGUUGAGGCAGAAGCUCGGCAGUGGUGGUGUGGGUUUGAUGCUGUGUAUGACAAGUACUGUGAUCGGAUGUUGUUCUUUGAUCGGAUGAGCAGGCAGCAGCUCAAUGAAGUUAGUAAAGGUUGUCUUCCAGGAUCUCAGACCCCUGCAACUCCAUCACCAAGAUCUGCAUCUAAGAAGCUCACGUCACCUCUUCGCUGUCUUUCUUUGAAGAAGAUUGAGGAACCUGAUGAUGAAACCGAGCAUCUUCAGCAGCCAGGUCAUGACCCAUACCAAGAUAUUGAAACAGCAUAUGUAGCUCAAAUUUGCUUGACUUGGGAAGCACUUCACUGCCAAUACACUCAACUGAUUCAGAAAAUCACAUGCCAACCUGAUAAUCCCACCAGUUAUAUUCACAGUGCUCAGCAGUUUCAACAAUUCCAGGUUCUAUUACAAAGGUUUAUUGAGAAUGAACCCUUUGAGGAAGGUCUCAGGGCAGAAAUUUAUGCUCGAUCAAGGAAUACUUUGCCUAAACUGCUUCAGGUUCCCAAUAUAAAAGGUUCAGAUAAGAAAGUAAUGGAUGAAGAAGAAUCAGAUCUGACAGUCCUCGCCCCAGAUCUCAUCAGAAUCCUUGAGAGCUCAAUCCUCACUUUCCACUUGUUCCUGAAGAUGGACAAGAAAAAAUCUAGUGGUGUUCUUCAACUGUUUGGAAAUCAGAACCAGAUUGCAACCCCUCUUCAACAGAUUCAAUCUGCUCUUGAGAAGAAAGGGAUAAGACUGAAGGAACUGAGAAAAAAGAGGAAAGGCGGGAAGAAGAACUCUUGGCCCCAGACACAUGAAGAGAUUCAGCUAUUGUUUAGCCUCGUUGAUGUGAAAGUCUUAUAUAGGGUUCUCAGAAUGGUGAGGAUCACCAAAGAGCAGUUAUUUUGGUGUGAAGAAAAGAUGAAAAAGCUUGAUUUGUCAGAUGGGAAGUUAAGGAGAGACCCCUCUCCCACCCUUUUCCCUUGUUAAUAAUAGUAGCUGUUAGCUGUGGUGUUAAGAUGGGUAGAGAAAGCGGGUUUUUGUUUUUGUUGGAUGGUUAGCUGCAAGUGAACCCCAUUUUGGUCCUUUUGUUAAUGCUGCAAAGGAAUUCUCAUAUCCUCCUAGUAGGAACGGCUAAUGUUUUUGCUGAUUCGUUAUAAGAAUUGCAGAAAGGGCUCUCUGCUGUGUAUCAUCUGACAAAAUCGUUAAAUUGUUUAGAGAGUAUGUAACUUUUGUAUCACCAUGUUGGUGUUGCAGUGCAGAUAAUUGUUAUGGAUA